AUGUCAAGAAGUUUGUUCAUUCGUAUUGUUGAUGCAGUGAAAGAUCAUGACCAUUACUUCCAACAACGAAGUGAUGGACUUGGUAGAAUGGGAUUAUCACCAUUACAGAAAGUAAUAGUUGUUUUCCGCAUGUUGGCAUACGGUCUACCAGCUGAUGCUACGGACGAAUACAUUAAAAUAGGUGAGUCAAUAGAAAUUGAAAGUAUGACAAGAUUUUGUCGUGCUAUGGUGGAGAUAUUCACAGAGCGGUAUCUACGAACACCUAACGCUAACGAUAUUGCUAGGCUACUCUAUAUUGGUAAAAAACGUGGUUUUCCAGGAAUGUUAGGAAGUCUUGAUUGUAUGCAUUGGAAAUGGAAAAAUUGUCCAACAGCAUGGUCUGGGCAAUACACAGAACGUAGUGGGUCACCAACUAUUAUCUUUGAAGCUGUGGCAAAUUAUGAUCUUUGGAUAUGGCACGCAUAUUUUGGUAUGCCAUACACCAAUAAUGAUAUCAAUGUGCUGGAGUCAUCUAAUCUUUUCUCUAACCUAGCUCAAGGUAUUGUUCCUCCCGCUUACUAUGUUAUUCAAGGAAAAGAGUAUAAUAUGGGUUAUUAUUUAGCUGAUGGUAUAUAUCCAAAAUAG